AUGGAUGAACCAAUCAACUUGUCUGGUGAUGAAGUUGAUGUCUCUGAUGACGAAAUAGGAGAUGAGAUGGAAGAGGAGGUUGGUAGUGCACCACCAAUAUCUAAUCAGAAUAUGCAUAAACCGAAUCUGUCUGGUAACCCUGUCAAACGAAAACGUAAGCUUACUUCUCGUGUUUGGAAAGCCUUUGAAAUACUUAAAGAGUCAGAUAGUAAGGGGAAUAUGUUGUGCAAAUGCAAGAAAUGUGGGACUACGUAUAUAGCUAAAAGUAGUCACGGGACAGGGAAUCUACUUAGGCAUAAAAGGGCUUGUGAUUUGAUAUACAAAAGUUAUAAAGAUGUUGGACAGCUUCUUAUACAAUCUAAUUUGAAAGGUUCUUUGGGUACUAGAUCUCCUACUUUUAAAGCUGAUGAAUUUCGUGAGUUGGUUGUUGUUGCUAUUGCUACACAUAAUCUUCCCUUUCAAUUUGUAGAAUAUGAAGGUAUUAGGAAAUGUUUUGCUUACUUAUAUCCAGAAGUUAAAACAUUUUGCAGAAAUACCAUAAAAAAAGAAAUAUUCAACACGUAUUCAAUUGAGAAAUCAAAGCUUUGUGAUUUGUUGCAACUUGUUCCUGGUAGAAUAGCAUUAACAUCAGAUUGUUGGACUUCUGUGACAACUGAUGGGCAUAUUUCAUUGACUGCUCACUUUGUUGAUCAUAAUUGGUGCUUGCAAAAACGAAUUUUAGCUUUUACUUCUAUGCCCCCUCCCCAUAAUUGUGCUUCCUUAGCUGAAAGAGUUUGUGGCUUGUUAAAACAGUGGAGAAUUGAUAAGAAAAUAGUUUCCAUAACCUUAGAUAAUGCCUCUGCAAAUGAUUCUAUGGGUAAUGCACUGAAGUUUGAUUUGAAUUUGAUGUUUGAUGGUGAUUAUUUUCAUGUUCGUUGUUGUGCUCACAUCCUUAAUUUGAUUGUACAAGAUGGCAUAAGAGAAUUAGAUGGAGCUAUCAUUAAGGUGAGAGAUAUUGUUAAGUAUUACAAAGGUUCUCAAGCUCGGAAAAAAUCAAUUUUGCGUUAUGUUCAAUAUGUUGGCUUUGAGUCCACAAGAGGGCUAAGGCAAGAUGUUCCAACUCGUUGGAAUUCUACGUAUCACAUGUUAGAUAGUGCAUUAUAUCACAAAAAAACAAUUCUUCAUUUGGCAAAGACUGAUGCAAACUAUGUUCAUUGCCCAAGCUUCGAAGAGUGGAGUAGGAUUGAAAAAAUUUGCAACUUUUUGCAAGUUUUCUAUGAUGUGAGUUUAGCUUUUUCAGGUUCUAAGUAUCCAACUUCCAAUAUUUAUUUCCCUAAUGUUUUAAAGAUAAGAUUGCUUUUGCAAGAAGAGAAGGAAAAUGGUGAUACUUCUAUAAAGAACAUGGCUAAAAAUAUGCAUUUGAAGUUUGACAAGUAUUGGUCUGUUAGUGCUACAACCAAGAAAAAUGAAAGCUCAUCUCAUUCUGGUGUUGCCAAUGAUAAGUCAGACACAUAUAUGACGGAUUUUGAUGAUUUCUUUAGUUGUGAAUUUACUACUGGUGGUAAAUCUGAGCUGCAAUCUUACCUAGAGGAGCCAAAAUUACCUCGUACGGGUUCAAUGCAUCCAGAUAUUGAGGCGUUAUGCAAACAUACUUUAACAAUGAAGAUUGGCGAUGUGAAUGAAGAUGAAAGUGAUGUACCAAGUACUCCUAGUAUUCAAACUCAACAUUCCGGUUUAGGUUAA